AUGAGGAAUGAUGUUUAUUUUAUACUUGUACUUAUUUUAUUUUUGGCAAUAUUACUCCUAUUUUUUUGUUCUUAUUUUACAUUUCAAACAUUGCCUUCUAAUAAAUAGUUUUUAAUANAGGCAAGACCUAUUAAUCUAUUGGAAAGUUAAUGUCAAAGUGCUCUUAAAGAAAUUAGUUCAACAAAAUAAAAGCUCUAGAAAUAUGAUUCCAAAAAAAACUUAAAUAAACUCAGUUUUUCCGAAAAACUAUCAAAUCAUUAGAUAAGAAAAGUUUCACAGGCAAUUAAUGAACAUUCUACAGAUCUUAAAUAAUUCCCAGAAUUAAAUAAAAAAAAUGUUUCUGUUAGCAGCGUUGGAAUUAAUUCAAAAACUGAGAGAUAUAAAAUUCAUCUUGAUAUGAUUGAAAAUUAAAAUCCAAUUUAAAUACCACAUUUAAUCUUAAAAACCCCACAAAAAUAUCCUCCCAUUUUAUCUAAUAAAAUUUUGCCAUCUGCAAGAAGGUUUAAAACAGAAGUUAGUGAUGGUACAUCAUAAUAAAUUUAUAAAAUUUCGAAUCAUUUUACUAUUCAGACAGUAAAAGAUCGGCAGUAAAAAUUAGUUAAAAAUAUUUAAUCAUUAAUUGAAAAUGUUAAUUCAUCAAGAGAUGAGAAACUCUGUAAAUUAUUUGAUAAGUUAAAACAUGAUUUAAAUUUAGAUGAAAUAUCACUUGAAAAUGAUUGA